AUGCAGUCGGCCGACUCGCGCGAAUACAAGCUCGUAGUGCUCGGCAGCGGCGGCGUCGGCAAGUCCGCGCUGGUCAUCCGCCUCGUCACCGACAACUUCCUCGAGGACUACGACCCUACGAUCGAGGACAGCUACCGCAAGCAGGUCGUGAUCGACCAGAAGCAGGCGCUCCUCGACAUCCUCGACACGGCGGGGCAGGAAGAGUACACGACGAUGCAAGACCAGUGGAUGCGCGAAGGCAAGGGCUUCCUGCUCGUGUACAGCAUCACGAGCCGGACGACGUUUGACGAGAUCAAGACGUUCAAGGACAAGAUCCUGCGCGCCAAGGACACGAACCGCGUCUCGAUGGUGCUCGUCGGCAACAAGUGCGACCUCGAGCGCAACCGCGACGUGAGCUUUGCCGAAGGCCAAGCGCUCGCGCGCGAGUGGGGCUGCCCCCUCAUGGAGACGUCGGCGAAGGAGCGCAUCCAGAACGAAGACUGCUUCUUCCAAGUCGUGCGCGAGAUCCGCACCAUGGACGCGCCGAAGAAGGCGCCGACGACGAAGAAGCCGAGCCCGACCAAAGAGAAGAAGUCGUUCUGUACCAUUCUGUAA